AUGGCGCUCAACCCCGAGCCUGCGGAUCCAGUGGAGAGGGCGCACGAGGAGCUCCCUCCCAAAAGCUACGCCGAAGCUGUUGAGGAAGCCAUUGAGGCAGACCCCGCGCCCAUCGAUGAAGAUGCAAUCAAAGAGUCGCCGCCGCGAGCAGGACACGCGCGCAAUUCGAGCGAGCCACGCCCACUCGGCGAGGUCAUCGAUGAGGUAGAGCACGCAGCAUCUCCUGGCAGUCCCGCGCUUAGACAUCCUAAGGGAAGGCUCGAAAAUAAGGAUAGCCACGAAAGCUAUGCGAGCAUGGUCAAAGAACACUCGCCCUCCGCGAAUGGUCUGGCGAAUGGCGACGGCAACGGCAUGCCUGUCCCGCAACUUCCAAACCUGCGCACCGGAGGCAAACGUACCAACGGCGCCGUCACUCCCGAUACCUUCGAUGGCGUGGGGGAAGAUGAGACACCUCGUUCACCGAUACGAAAGGCGCACGAGCGCGUGUCCUCCAGAUCGCUGAACGGCACAGCAGCCAAGCAAGCCGACGGAGGAGGGAAAGGCGUGGAUGGUACCGACGAGAAAAAGCUGCAGCCGGGAGCGGUCAUGUACGAGAAUAUUCGCAACAAAAGCGGUGAUAAUCUGGCUUCCAUCAAACCUGAUGCAGGAUACGAGCUGGCGCUCCAGCAACGGGAAGACAAGCCACCCACGGCCGAACAGCCCGCAGACGAGCGACGAGUGGACACACGAAAGGACAGCGAGCUGGUCUCGGGACGUCGUGCGGGCGCAGGAUGGUCCACGAGUGCCAUUCGAUGGGCGCCCCUCAACGUACCACUGCAGAGGCGAUUGCAAACCCUGAUCGUGCUGCUUCACACUCUAUCCAUAGUUGGAGGCGUGGCCAUCUUCUUCAUGCUCUGCGCCAUUCCCAUACUCUGGCCCAUCCUGCUCCCCUAUCUACUUUACGUCCUCCUCUCACGCGCUUCCAUCGACGGCGAGCUGGCUCAGCGUUCACAAUGGCUGCGCUCCAGCAAGAUCUGGUCUCUGUUCGGUUCCUAUUUCCCCGCCCGGCUUCAUCGAAGCCAGGAGUUAGAACCAACCCGGAAGUAUGUCUUCGGCUACCAUCCCCAUGGUAUUAUCAGUCACGGUGCUUUCGCGGCCUUUGCGACAGAGGCAUUGGGGUUUAGCCAGCUGUUCCCUGGCAUCACCAACACUUUGCUCACCCUCGACUCCAACUUCCGUCUUCCCCUCUACCGUGACUAUGCGCUUCGAAUGGGCUUAGCGUCGGUCAGUAGAGAGAGCUGCGAGAAUCUGCUUUCCAAAGGCGGCCCCAACGGCGAAGGCAUGGGCCGAGCAAUCACCAUUGUCAUUGGGGGCGCUCGCGAAUCGCUCGACGCAAGGCCCUACACUCUUCGCCUUGUGCUCAAACGACGAAAAGGAUUCGUCAAACUCGCCAUUCGGACUGGAGCCGAUCUCGUGCCAGUGCUGGCCUUUGGCGAGAACGAUUUGUACGAUCAGUUGGAUUCCAGCAGCCAUCCAUACGUGCACAAGUUGCAGCUCCUCGUCAAGAAGUUUAUGGGUUUCACAGUCCCACUCUUCCACGCUCGCGGCGUCUUCAACUACGACGUUGGUAUGAUGCCUUAUCGCCGACCCGUUAACAUCGUGGUCGGACGUCCCGUUCGCAUCAUGCAGUCCAAGAACCCAGAUCCAGCUUACGUCGAUGAGAUCCACAAGCAGUACGUGGAGGAGCUGUUCAGGAUCUGGGAAGAUUGGAAAGAUACCUUCGCUCGACAUCGGCAGGGCGAGCUUGAAAUCGUCGAGUAG